UCCGUGACAUGUCGAAAUAGUCGUUUAUAAAUUAGUAAUUUCCGACACAAACGUACAGCAGCCGCAAAAUUGGAAUUCGCAAAAUUUACUUAUAGUUUCAGUAGAUCUAGCAGUAUUCAUUAUGGAAAUAGGAACUGAAAUAAGCCAGAAAAUAAGGUCUGCAAUAAAGGCAAAACUGAUUGAACAAGGUGCUUAUGUAGAUGAUGAAUUACCUGAUUACAUUAUGGUUAUGGUUGCCAACAAGAAGUCACAGAAACAGAUGACUGAAGAUCUAAGUUUAUUUCUUGGUACUAACACAGACAAAUUCACAGCUUGGUUACAUGGCUUGCUGAAGAAGUUACAGUCUAUUAAUACAGAUGAUGCUGGUAGUAAACCUAAAUCUAAGGAAAAAGAGAAACACAAAGGAGAGAAAAGAAAACACAAACCAUCUCAGGGCGAUAAAGAGAAGUCAGGAAAGGUAACAGAAGGGGAGAAACCGAGAAAGUUAUCUACAGAAGGGGACAGGCAGAAGAAGGUGGCAAGUGGAGGGGAGGGAAGAAAAGGGGAGGAGAAAGCAGAGGUCAAUACAGCUCGUGUGAAACCUGUACAAACAACAGAAGAAGAUCCUAGUGAUGAGAUUAAAAUCAUUGAAAACACUGAUGAGUUUAAUGAAGAGAAUAAUGAGGCUGAGAUUAAAGAACAAGUGAAGACAUCGUCAACUGGUAAACCUCCAACUACAAAGGUAACCAAAUCUGACAAAUCUUCAGGGGCGAAAAAAUCAUCCACACGAGAAUCCAGUAAAUCUAAGAGUGCAGUUGCUAGCAAACAUGUCAAGUGUGAAUCAAAAGAUCAACAUAGGAAACCAUCAUCAUUUGUAGCAUCAGUAAAAAGAAGAUAUGAGGAAAUAGAGGAUGAAGAAUAUGAUCCUGCUAACCCGGCUGUUGGUAGUGUUGCUAGUGUUGUUAGAGGACCACAGAGAAAAUCAAGUGUACCAAAGUCAUUACAAGCCAAUAAAUCAUUGUUAAUGAAGGCUGUCACAGAAGCAGAGAAAUCUGUUACAACAAACAAGAAACCAGAUUCUGAGUCGAAGCCGUCAAUGAGAUCUGACAGACAACCUGUUGACUUGAAGAAACGCUUGAAGACAGCUGCUGGUAUCGGUCUGCUCUCUCGUUCCAAGAGGACCGAGCUUGAAGCUCUCAAAUACCGAGCUGACUCUGAACCAAGUAAAGAUAGUGUGAAAAAGCCACGGAGAUCUAAUGAGGGUUUUGAAAACAUGAAGUACACCAUAAGGAAUGAAACGGCACCAACGUCAAAAUCGCCACCAAAGAAAACUCCCCCAAAGACUAAAGCCCCAGUUGUAGCUCCUUCAAGAGUAGCUGCUUCAGCAUUUAGAGAGAUGGGACACAGGAGUAAAGUUGUUGUGAAGAAAGAAGAUAAAGAGUCUGAAUCUGAUAGUGAACAAGGGAGUGAUGAUAACUCAUCAAACAUUGCUAAAGAUGUGGGUGACACAAGUGAGGGUGCUACUGAAGGAGUGGAUACAGACUCCGAUGAUGAGAUAGAGAUUGAGGUCACAGAUAGAGCUGCACAGACACUAGUGAAUAUGAGGGAUAAAAACUUCAGGUUAACUAACAUUGUCGACAGUGUGAGUAAAGAAAGUCAGACUGAAAUGACAGGUGAAGAAUAUGGUGAAAGUAGCGCCUAUAAACUCACUAAAGACAAAAUGGAAGAAAUAGAUAAUAGUUUGUUGAAUCUGUUCAUUGAAAACUUACUACCAUUUGAAUUUAUAGAAAAUGAGCCAUUUAGAAUGUUCGCAAAAACACUUGAACCCAAGUAUCAUUUUCCGAAGAGAAAGAAAUUAAUGACUGAAGUUGGAAUGUUGUAUAAUGCUAUAAAAGAUAUGAUAAAGUCAGAGCUGUCAGAGAGUCCAUCGGUGACAUUUAGUCAUAGUUCCUGGACAAAUAUGCAUGGUGAAAUGUAUGAUACAGUUAAAGCUCACUAUGUAACAAGGAAUUGGAAAUUGAGAUCUGAAGUGUUAAAAACUUCAGAAAUUUCUUCCCAUAGUCACUGUGACAGUAUUGCAGAGCAUUUAGAUGAAACAGUUACUAAAUGGAACUUGCCAGAACCGGUUCUUGUAACUGAUGAUUCAGAAUCUGAACAUAGAGUAUUAAAGAUGCUUGGAUGGAAGAGAAUUGUAUGUUUUGGCAGCUGUAUCCAUACUGUCAUACGAAGGUCAUUAAAAGAAAGAGAUAUAAGUCAUUUCAUAGAGCAAGGGAGAAAACUGAUAACAGCUGUUUUAAAUAGCUCUGCUGUUCUAGAGAUGUUGGAGAAAAAGAAGAAACUGUUACAGGCAGACAAAGUUGAGAGUAAAAAUCUGGUGCUAGAUGACAGGCAAAGUUGGAGAAGAACCUUAGACAUGUUAACAAAUCUUGCUGAGCAAGCAGUUAUUCUGCAUGCAGCCAUUAUGGAUACAGAUCUUAUCAACCAAGGAAUAGAUUUUCGUAUGAUGCUUUACACUUUCAGUCAGCAAUCUAGUGUUGAAACUUUAGUGAAGAUAUUAAAUACCUUUAAAACAGCUACAGAAAUCCUGACAAACAGUGACAGUCCAACAAUACAGAAGGUCAUACCAAUAUUUAUAAAGUUAGACAAAGUAUUGGAUGUAGACAGUGAUGAUAGUUCUAUGAUAAGGAAUAUGAAGUCAGAUAUUAGACAAGAGAUAAAACAUUUCUUAGAGGGCAGUAGAGAAACUUGUCUUUUAGCAUGUCUACUUCAUCCUCAGACUAAACAGAUGGCAUUUGUUUCUCAGAAGGAGAAGGAAGAAAUAAGAUCUGUUUUGUUUCAUGAUGUAAAAGCUCAAUGCGAGAUAGAAUAUAAAGACACUCAUGAUGAUGAGACUAAGUUCAGGAAAGGAAAGAAAGGGAGUCAAAGGCAGACACAAGCCAUGUCAGAAGUGGCAGAGAGAACUGAUAUCAGAAGAGUUGUAGUGAACAAGGAGAGUGAAGACAAUGGUGCAAGAGAUAGUGAUGAAGAUCAAGAACUAGAAAAAGAUAAUGAGGAAUCAGCUGAUGAUGAUAUGAAGGAAAGGGAAAGAGGUGAUUCAGACAAUAUUGGGGAUGGUGAUAGAACAAGAAAUAGAGAAAGCGGAGAGAAAAUGAUAGUGUGUGAAGAGGCUAGACCAUCUGUGACAGAGGAUGGAGAUGAUGAGACUGAAGAUGACAGUAAUAGAAGGCAUGUUAGGACUCCAUUAUCGGACACUGAUUCUAAUGCACACAUGACAAAUCUUUCUAUAACUGUAGAAAAUGACUGGCUGGAUGAUGUAAUAUGUGCCUCAGAUGACCAGAGGUCUCCAGAUGAAACAGCUAAAAUUGAGAUAAAUCUGUAUAUGGCUGAGCCAGCUUCAAACAAAAAUCCUUUAUCAUGGUGGCAAGAGAAGCAGUUGUUGUAUCCACAUAUUGCAAAAGUUGCUAGAAGAGUGUUAGCUAUUCCAGCCUCCAGUCUUAGUGCUGAGGAAAUAUUUAGUUUAGACAGGAAGAAAGAAAGUAAAGCCAUGCAGAUCAGACCUGAACAUGUGGACAUGAUGCUCUUCCUUAAACAGAAUAAAGCCUUAUAUGAAACUGAAUAACUAUAAUGUCUGUGUGAAAUUAUAUUGCACAGUCAUGAGGCCAGAGGGUGAAACUGAAAGAAAUUUUUUAAAGGAAUGGACUUAAGUCCAUUUUGAAGCAGAAUUAUGUCAUAUAUCUAAGACUGAAUAAGGCUGUGUAUGUGAAACUUAGAUAUUUAAGUUUUUAUGAAAUUGAUUAAAGUAUAACUGAGUCUUGCUGGACUGUUAAUGAAAAAACAUGAAAACUUAUUUGAUUGAACACAGUGUUGAUCCUUUAUAGAGAGAAUUA